CAAUCUCAAGCAGAUGAAACUCAUGAAAUAUGCAAAACCUUAUCUGAUGCAAAGGAAGGGGACAGUGCAGUGAGUAAAUUCACAUCCGCUUGAGAAUUGAGAUCAGAGAGAUGGCCGUUGCAACCGCAAUAACGGUUCAGUCUUCUUCCUCUACACACCGCCUCCUAAGUGGCCGCCGCCGCCUACAUUUGCCGUGCGCUUCUCCUUCCGCCGCCGUUAUCACUAAAAAUUGCUUCAUCACCUGUAAAAUCUCAACAAUUCAUCGAAUACGCUGCUGCUCCGAUUCAUCAUCGUCUUCGUCGCGUGGCUUUGGCUCCAACGACUCAAAGGUCAAGAAGAAAUCUUCAACCUCCAGAAAGGACUCUAGGAAACCUCCUUCUCAAAGAUCUGGUUCUGACCUUAAUCAAGCACCUAGUCUAAAUCCCCAAAACAAUGUGUUGAAGUCAACAAACAGUGUAACGGAUAUCGAGUUUGAGGAAAAGCUGCAAGCGAUUAAAAGGUCAGCACUUGAGCAGAAAAAAGUUGAGGAAGAGACAAAAUUUGGAGCAAUUGACUAUGAUGCUCCAGUUGAGCCCAAAAGUAGUAAUGUUGGACUAGGUACUAAGAUCGGAGUAGGAGUUGCUGUUGUGGUCUUUGGAUUGGUGUUUGCCCUUGGUGACUUUCUUCCCUCUGUAAGUGUUAAGCCCACAAAGGAAGUCACCGCAGCUGAUAAGAAAAUUUCAGAAGAGGAGAAAGCAAAUCUUCAGAAGAGCCUGAAGCAAUUUGAGGACGCCCUUGCUACCAACCCAGAAGAUCCAACUGCUCUCGAAGGGGCAGCUGUGACCUUAGCAGAACUAGGAGAUUACACUCGAGCGUCCUCUCUGCUCGAGAAUUUGGCUAAGAAGAAGCCAAAUGACCCUGAUGUUUUUCGUUUGCUUGGAGAAGUUAAGUAUGAACUUGGAGAUUAUGAGGGCAGUGCUAGUGCUUAUAAAAGUUCUGCAAUGGUAUCAAAAACUACUGAUUUUGAAGUUCUCCGUGGGUUAACAAAUGCACUGCUUGCUGCCAAGAAACCUGAUGAGGCUGUUCAAAUGCUUCUGGCAUCUCGUGAACACCUAAAUGAAGAAAAACCAUCUGGUGGUAAUGAUGGAUCUGAGAGCAGUGACACCAAAUCUAGAUCACAAGUGGAUCCAAUUCAAGUCGACUUGCUUCUUGGAAAAGCCUACUCAGAUUGGGGGCAUGUCAGUGAUGCUGUAGCUGUUUAUGAUCAAAUCAUCUCUAGCCACCCUGAGGAUUUUAGGGGCUACCUAGCAAAGGGAAUCAUUUUGAAGGAGAACGGAAGUGUUGGAGAUGCAGAGAGAAUGUUCAUCCAAGCACGGUUCUUUGCACCCAAGAACGCAAAGGCAUUUAUUGAUAAAUAUUCGAGGUGACAGACUAUUGCAGUAUGAACGCCUGCAUCUUUGUUUGAUUGACGCAUUCCCCCGAAGGAAUGAUUUCUGGUACCACUCAUUUAUUCAUGUCUUUGGCCACAUGUAAAUCAUAGCUCCGCUGAAUUUUUGAAGUUAAUACAUUGGAGGUGAGAAAUUUGCAAUAUAGUUAGAACUUUAGAAGUGAUUCCUGUAAGAAAAUCUGUCGGCCAUAGAGUCACAUUUGUACAGAGUUGGCUAAUUGUGAAGUAAAAUUUUCACAUGCACCAUGCUAUUGCUUGUGCAAUCCCCAUAAUUUAAUGUGCCCGUUGGAU